GGCCCAAACUAGGGCUUGGGAUUAGGCCAGAGCAAGCCGGCCUUCCCCCUUCUCGGCUUCUUCCCCCUUUCCCCCUGACGACCCGACCGCCUCCUUCCUUCCGCCAAACCGAAGCGCGCGGCGUGCCUGCUUGGCUGCUUCGCAGGAGUUCGUCCCUUCUUCUCGACAUCCAUAUCCUCGCCUCCAGUGGCCCGGUGUGGAGUGGGAUCCAUUUGGAAUCGGAUUGAUUUCCCCUUUCGCUGAUUUGUGUUCUCUAGACAUUCCAUAAACCAGCAUGCCAAAGAUAAAGACAAGCCGUGUUUCGUAUCCGGAAGGAUGGGAGCUUAUUGAACCAACAAUCCGUGAGUUGGAUGCCAAAAUGAGAGAAGCUGAAAAUGAUCCACAUGAUGGGAAGAGGAAGUGUGAAGCUCUCUGGCCCAUUUUCCGUAUUUCUCAUCAAAGGAGCCGCUACAUAUAUGAUCUUUACUACAGAAGGAAGGAGAUAUCACAGAAGCUUUAUGAGUUUUGCCUGGACCAGGGUUAUGCAGACCGCAAUCUGAUUGCGAAGUGGAAAAAGAAUGAACCUUAUGUUGGUCCCUGCAAUCAAGGGCCAGGUAAGCAACCUGGUCACCUUCCUCUCCCUCUCUUUGGCUCCAAGGUAGAAGAAGAGCUGAGCUCUUCUGCACACACACAUACACUAUGCUGUCUGCUCUCUGCGCUGGCUGAGAGCUGAACACUAGAAUGUGGCAAGAAUGAAUUGUCUUUUCUCAUUGCAUUGCAUUCAUAUUUAUACACCAUUGCUACCUACUCUAAGGUGCUACCAGUUAUGGCUAAUAACUUCUAUCACUAUCUGAACAUUAGUGGCCUAGAGCCAUAAGUCAACAAAGGCUGCUAGCAAACUGCAGACUUCCUUGACCAAAAUCAGAAAAGGGACAGCUGCAGAUUAAGUCUUACACCUUAACCUAUUGAUUUUCAUUUAUGUUGGAAAUUGAAUAUUAUGACUAUUACUGUCCUGCAGCUUGCAGUCCAGUCAAUUGGUUUUUGUUUAUGUUGGAAAUUGGAGAUCUUGAAUUUUACCAGUUAAAAUAGGUCUGUUCUACUUAGUUGACUGAAAAUGAAUCUAUCAGGCAUCCAGUAUGUUCUUUUGAGUCCCCCAUAAUUUUCAUAGUGGUGUCUGAAAAUGUUUUUUUAACCUUUAGGGUGAACUAAAAGUGUCUGGAAAUGGUUGACUGAAGUUAAAUACUCCGUCCGGUCACACCAUCAUUUAGCUAUUGCUAUUCUUUUCCUGAUCACUGGUCAUAUGUACCUGCUUUGGC